CCGGACGUUGCGACCGCAGCGCUCGAUGUGGACUGUGUGGAGUGUACAGUUCUUCUGCGAAAAACCUGCGUGUCUCUAUAAUUCUUGAUCGUGUAAAUGUACAUUAUUGUCCUGUUUUUCACAUGUCCAAUGGUCGCUAACUGUCUUGCCUCGAUUACUACCUCAUUUCAACGUUAAAGCUUGACCCAUUAGCCCUCGUUGGAAUUGACAUCGUUGUGUGUGUGUGUGUGUGUGGUGUGCCCCGAGGAGCCCGUUGAUCAUUAUUCACAGUGAGUGAUGGAGAGAUGAUGGUUCAGCCCCUGUUGCCUUUCCGAUCUUGGAGUGCCUUAAACAGGGGGAUGAAGACGAGUCCCUCUGAAUGAGAUUCAACGAAACCAGAAGCAAUACUCUACCACGCACACAAGCCAACCACCCACCACAGUUAGGAUGGGAACGAUGCAGGAGCUGCAGGAGGUGCUGUCCAAACGGGAUGAGGAGAUCAGGAACCUGAAGUUGGUCCUGCAGCAGAAGGAGAUACAGAUCCAGCAGAAAGAAGAAGAAAUCCAGCAGCUGCGGUCCCACCUUGACCAGUUCAAAAGUGUCCUUCCUUUCAGUGGCAAGGCACACGCCUACCCCGUCAGACGGAGUACCAUUCGCGAACCUUGCGAACAUGAACGUGAGCACGAACGCGAACCUCGAAAGGUCAGAGCUCAGGGCAUAUCCGCAGAGCCACAGGACUUGAAAUCAUUGCAAGACAUCAGUCACCAAAAGUUCAACGAAUACCCCAAAGAUGAGAGAUCUCGGGAGUUGAUCAAAACUGCGAUAAUGAAGAACGAUUUCAUGAAGAAUUUGGAAUUGGCUCAGAUCCGUGAGAUCGUCGACUGCAUGUACCCAGUCAACUACCAGCGCGGCAGCCUCAUCAUUAAAGAGGGUGACGUCGGCUCCAUCAUGUACGUCAUGGAAGAGGGCAAGGUGGAAGUGUCGAGAAAAGGCAACUGUCUCAGCACCAUGACGCCGGGCAAAGUCAUGGGCGAGUUGGCCAUCCUCUACAACUGUAAACGGACGGCCACCAUUAAAGCGGCCAUCGACUGCAAAUUGUGGGCCAUCGAGCGUCAAGUUUUCCAGACGAUCAUGAUGCGGACCGGGCUGAUUCGACAGGCCGAGUACACCGUCUUCCUCAAAAGUGUGCCAACGUUUAUGAAUCUCCAAGAAGAGACGCUCAUCAAGAUCGCCGACGUCCUCGAUGAGUGUUUCUACAAUCAAGGCGACUACAUCAUCCGGCAAGGAGCGCGAGGUGACACCUUUUUCAUCAUCAGCAAAGGGCGGGUGAAAGUCACCAUCAAAGAUCCCGGCAGCGCCCAGGAAGAGUACAUUCGAUCCCUGGAACGCGGUGAUUUCUUCGGCGAAAAAGCCCUCCAAGGGGAAGACAUAAGGACGGCCAACAUCAUCGCCGACGAUCCCGAAGGCGUCAGCUGCCUGGUGAUUGACCGCGAGUCGUUCAACCAGCUCAUCAGCGGAUUGGCCGAGAUCCGCACCAAAUACGUCGACGAUGGCAACGCCAGUCGCAAGAUUCACGACGCCUUUGCUCACGUCCAGUUGAGCGACAUCCGCGUGAUAGCCACACUGGGCGUGGGAGGAUUCGGCCGCGUCGAGCUCGUGCAAAUCGCCAACGACGCGUCACGCUCCUACGGCCUGAAACAAAUGAAAAAGAGUCAGAUCGUGGAGACCCGCCAGCAGCAGCACAUCAUGUCGGAGAAGGAGAUAAUGGAGGAGGCCAAUUGCGAUUUCAUCGUCAAGCUGUACAAGACGUUCAAGGAUCGCAAGUACCUCUACAUGCUGAUGGAGGCCUGCCUGGGCGGCGAGCUGUGGACGAUCCUGCGCGACCGCGGCAAUUUCGACGACUACACGACCCGCUUCUACACGGCCUGCGUCGUCGAGGCCUUUGAAUACCUGCACAGCCGCGGGAUCAUUUACCGCGACCUCAAGCCCGAGAACCUCCUCCUCGACACCCACGGCUACGUCAAACUGGUGGAUUUCGGUUUCGCCAAAAAGUUGCAGGCCGGCCGGAAAACGUGGACGUUUUGCGGCACUCCCGAAUACGUGGCCCCCGAAGUGAUUCUGAACAAAGGGCACGACAUUAGCGCCGACUACUGGUCGCUGGGCGUUCUCAUGUUCGAGUUGCUGACGGGAACGCCCCCCUUCACCGGCCUGGAUCCCAUGAAGACGUACAACAUCAUCCUCAAGGGCAUUGACGCCGUCGACUUCCCGCGCAACAUCACCCGCAACGCCACCGCCCUCAUCAAAAAGCUCUGCCGCGAUAAUCCGACCGAGCGAUUGGGUUAUCAAAAAGGCGAGAUCCGCGACAUUCAGAAACACAAGUGGUUUGAUGGAUUCAACUGGGAGGGGCUGCGCAAUCGGACGCUCACGCCGCCCAUCAUCCCGCAGAUCAAAAGUGCAAUGGACUCGUCCAACUUUGACGAGUACCCACCCGACAUGGACGGCCUGCCGCCCGACGACGUCAGCGGCUGGGAUGUGGACUUCUAAGUCAACUAAACAUUUCUUAUUCUUCUUCUUUGAUUUCUUUUUCUUCACUCGCAGACGACGCUCACGCUCGCUAAACUUACUCCUCUUCGGCGUGAGCGUCUUUAACUCCCCCACCACCACCCCGUUACAAUCAAUCGACGGUUCAAAACAAAAAAGUGUUCGGAGCCAUUCGACAAGUUCGAUCCAUCUAACGUUAGGGAUCGAAAAUCAUUUUUUUUUCCUGUUUCACUCCCGAACGAUAUGCGAAAAAUUUAAUUUUUUUGCGCCUUGUGUCGCCUUAUGCGGAAUCCGCCUUCUUCAAAUCAGUUUGACUGUUAAUUUACACACACACACACACGACACCAACACUCACACACACACAAACACACACCCUCAAAAAAAGGGAAAACUUAUGGAAGGGAACGGAUGUGAUUUCCGCCCCUCGUUUUCUUUUUUUUUCUGUUUGUUUGUUAGAUUUAGAUUUUUCUUUUGUAAUAUUUUCAGGGGGGUCGAUUUUAUUAUUAUUUUUUCUUGUCAAAAAGAAGAAUUACAAAUUUUUGGGGAUGUUUAAAUUAAAAUCGAAGGGGGGGCGAAUUUUGUUAUGUAAUCGUUUACAUAUAUAUUGAAGAAAACAAACGUCAGCAAUAAGCAAAUCAUCGAUGGGUGCCUUUUUUUCGGAUAUCCCCCCCUCCUUUUUUUCCCCUUCCGUUGUUGUUGUUGCCCCCACAUACAUAAACCAAACAAAUUUAUUUCGAAUUUUUCUUGAUUCGAUUGUUGGAUCGCCAAUUUGCAAUCAUAUUCCAUUUCUCUCUCUCUCUCUCUUUCUUUGUGUAUAUCCUGCGAUUAUUAUCCAGACAAUUUUCCUUUUCUUUCAUUUACUUACAAAAGAAGGGUGGGUUGGGAAGUUCACGAAAAAUAUUCGGUCGUGCGAUAUUUUUCCCGCUCCCCUCUUUUAGAAAAAAAAAAUUCACUUCCCUCACUCGACGUGCCUGCCACGCCCUCAAUCGAGACCACACACACACACACGUAACACGAAAUCUACACGAAAACCUACACCACGAUGUCUCCCAGUGACGAAACAUGAGUCGGUGUCAUCCCCCCUCCCUUCCCAAUAAAUAAAAAAACGGUGCAAAAAAAAGACAAGAAAUUAUAUAACAAUCAUAUAGUGGCUCUGGUUUGAUUGAAGAAUUCAAUUUAAUUUUUUUUCCCUUUUUUCAAAUUAAUUUUGAUGAGAAAGUCGUCCAUCACUCGUGCCUUUUUUGUCUCAUUCUCUUCCUUUUCUCGAAACCGCGAAGCCUUUUCUCUUUAUUUUUAACCGUUUUGUGAGUUUACCAAGUUGUCAUCCAUCCCCGUCGCCUUCUUUAAUUUACCCCCGUGAAAAUUAAUUGGAAAAGAAUUCAUUCAUAUUCUUUGAAAAACAAAAAAACACACAAAAAAAAAAACAUUAUAUUUCUUUAAUCUUUUCUCCGACGCGCUGAUUGAUCAUUUUCUUCUUCUCGUCCGUUUUGAUUUGUUUGAUUCGUUUUCUGGGCCGCCAAUGCGCGCGCGGAGGAAAAAUGCGAUUCAAAAACAGGCGGGAGAAGAUUUUUGUUUUCGAAUUUGGCGCGUCGGGAAAAACAAAAAAUUUAUUGUAGUUCAAAUAAUAAUAAUAAUAAUUAAUUAAUUGAUGAAAUUGAUGAAAUUUUUUUAACUUGUUGGCACUUUUCCCUCCUCCCGUUUGUGUAUUUUUCAUCCGUCAUAUUUGUGUAAGAAAAAAAAUGAAUUUUUUUUUUUAUUAUUAUUUUAAAUAGAGAGAGAGAGAGUGAGUCGCCUUAUAAUAUUAUUAUGCCCCUCCCCCCCCCCCCCAAUCCCUCACUUUAUAUUCACUCCGCGUUUGUAUUUGUAUUUUUUGUGGCUAUAUUAAGCAGCGUGUAAUAAUUAAUUUCUUUUUGUUUUUUUCGUUUUCCUCUCUCUCUCUCUCUCCCCCCCUCUCCUUAUAUCUCUGUUGUUUAUGUAGCAAGUGGUUUUUUUUAUUAUAACAGAGGCUAUUUGUUCCAUAUGUGAAAGGAGAAGAAACAAAAAACAAAAAAUCUGAAAAAAAAAACCUUACCCCCUCCCCCCUUUUAAUGAGAAGCCAAAAAGUGGGAAAAUCAUUUGAAAGACGAAUUAAGA